AAGCCUUUUGGCUCAAGCUUUUCAGGCAGACACUUCCUUCCGUGCUGUACACGCUUGAGCGAGCUCUCCUCGCUCCAUUGCUAGCCCGUGCGCUCCACUCACGAACGGUAUGCUUCCGAUGGGGCUUUUGCACGCCAGCGUGGCCAUCCUCUAUUUCAUCGUGCGCGCGGAGGCGCUUGGAGGGGAUCCAGCGGCGAUGCACAUGGUCAUCGAGGAUGGCGGUGGUCCAUUCAAAGAGCUUUCUGAGGGCGAGCUCGUUGAGGCCGUCAAUACCACGCUGCGCGUCGAAAGUAGCGCCCCUUCUGGGCGGGCAGGCGCGUGGUCGUCGGCAGUGUGCAAACAUUUCUGUAAUGGCAACAUGUACGACUCCCCGAUGUUUCAGGCGCCGGGGGAUGCUGAUAGACCCGCGGGGGUGAUCGGAAUGCAGUGGGCGCGUCAGCCCAACGAGAAUGCGGCCGCAGGCUACGGUUGUGUCGUCUGAGAGUUUAAUGGUGGCGUGGGAGGUUACGCGACAGAUGUGCUGUGGUACUGGGAUGAGUGCGUGGGCUCCUCCAUUAUCUGGUUCGGCUCGACGACAUGGGAGUCGCCAGCUCCUAUCGGCACGAAAUGGUGGGCGAACCAUGGCUGCCGUUACACUGCCGGAACCCAGGUAUGCGUGCGCGCCCGCUACUUUUUCCAGACUCCACAGCCGACGCCAUCUCCGGCGCCCAACCCGACGCCGAAGCCGACGCCAUACCCGACGCCGAACCGACGCCGAACCCGACGCCGAACCCGACGCCGUACCCGACGCCGAAGCCGACGCCGAACCCGACGCCGAACCCGACGCCGAAGCCGACGCCGUACCCGACGCAGAA